UCGCAGCGAGCUAUGUUAUUCAUUCUAUAGCUGUCAAACUUUAUCAAACGUAAUUUCUAAACCAUAGAGCCUAUUUUAAGUAGAUUAGGUUCAUGGCAUUAUAUUGUUGUGGACAAGUUGUGCGGGUAAUGUAGCCUACAUGUCGAUAUCCAAAGUCUGAGGCAUUUGAGGCUGAUUGUUGUCGGUCGAUGAAGCGCAUCACCAAUGCAGUGCUUGGAGUGACGCCCUGUGUCACCGCAUUGGCCUGUAGAACAGGGCUAUUCAGCACCGGAUCCACUGGGGCCAAACCCCUGUGGUUGUCAUACCUCGCCUCUAAUCAGAGACUCAGUCAAAGCUGGCACUCAAGUGCAAAAGUGUCAUCGCUGCUCAGAAUGCCACAGAACAACAAGCCCAGAUGUGCCUCCGCCAGUGGCUCUAGUGUGGGACUGGGGAGGGGCAUAGAAAGAAGAGAAGGGAGGGGAGAGGAUGAACCAGAACCCAGGGUCCAAGUACAGGAAGCUGGGGAUGGAGGUGGAGAGGGCAACAUAGGAGACCCAGAGAUCAUCAAGUCCCCUAGCGACCCCAAACAGUACAGGUACAUUGAGCUGACCAAUGGGCUCCGAGCUCUGCUCAUUUCGGAUUUUACUGGCCCUGCUUCCUCUGGAGACGACGAUUCACAGGAGGAAGAGGAGGACGACGAUGAGAUGGGAGAGGAGGAAGAGGAAGAAGACGACUCAGGAGAAGGAACGGAGGAAGAGUCUGAGGAGGAGGAUGAAAAGGACAGUGACUUUGAGGAUGAGGAUGACGGAGGGAAUAGGAAGAAGGAACACUCUGAGAAACAGUCUGCAGCAGCGUUGUGUGUGGGCGUUGGCAGCUUCAGCGACCCCAGCGACCUCCCAGGCCUCGCCCACUUCCUGGAACAUAUGGUGUUCAUGGGCAGUGAGAAGUACCCCUCAGAGAACGGUUUUGAUGCCUUCCUGAAGAAACAUGGCGGCAGUGACAACGCGUCCACGGACUGUGAAAGAACCAUCUUCCAGUUUGACGUUCAGAGGAAGAAGUUCAGAGAGGCUCUGGAUAGAUGGGCCCAGUUUUUCAUCUGUCCUCUGAUGAUACGAGACGCCAUCGACAGGGAGGUGGAAGCUGUCGACUCUGAGUACCAACUGGCCAAGCCUUCGGACUCUCACAGGAAAGAGAUGUUGUUCGGGAGUCUGGCCAAACCAGGGCACCCUAUGGGCAAGUUCUGCUGGGGUAACGCCAAAACUCUGAAGACCGAGCCCAAGAAAAAGAAGAUUAAUGUUUACAAGAGGCUCCGCACCUUCUGGAAGAGACAUUACUCUGCCCACUACAUGACCCUGGCAGUGCAGUCUAAAGAGAAGCUGGACACUCUGGAGAAGUGGGUGAGGGAGAUCUUCAGUGGAGUGCCCAACAAUGUUCAGCCCAAGCCAGAUUUCUCUAAUCUACUGGAUCCCUUUGAUACGCCAGCCUUCAACAAGCUCUACAGAGUGGUUCCGGUGAGGAAGGUUAAUGCACUGACGAUCACUUGGGCCCUGCCUCCUCAGGAGAAACACUACCGGGUGAAGCCUCUCCACUACAUCUCCUGGCUGAUUGGUCACGAGGGCACAGGCAGCAUCUUAUCAGUACUCAGGAAGAAGUGCUGGGCCCUAGAUCUGUUUGGAGGGAACAGUGAAACAGGCUUUGACCAGAACUCCACAUACUCCAUCUUCUCUAUUUCCAUCACUCUCACAGACCAAGGAUUCCAAAACUUUUACCAGGUAUCUGACUUGGUCUUUCAGUACCUCAAGAUGCUGCAGAGCCUGGGUCCCCAGCAAAGGAUCUAUGAGGAGAUUCAGAAGAUUGAAGCCAAUGAGUUUCACUACCAAGAGCAGACUGACCCUAUAGAGUACGUAGAGGACAUCUGUGAGAACAUGCAGCUCUUUUCUAAAGAAGACUUCCUCACUGGGGACCAGCUCAUGUUCCAGUAUUCACCGGAGGUGAUCACGGCAGCCCUGUCCUUGCUAACUCCAGACAGAUCCAACCUGCUGCUGCUGUCUCCUGAACACGAAGGCCACUGCCCUCUUAGAGAGAAGUGGUUUGGUACACACUACAGUGUAGAGGACAUUCAGCCUGAGUGGAGAGAGAGAUGGAGUGGAGACUUUGAACUCAACUCUGACCUGCACCUCCCUGCCGAAAACAAGUUCAUUGCGACUGACUUUGUCCUGAGGCAGUCAGACUCUCCUGAUACUGACCUGCCAGUCAGAGUGUCUGCCAGUGACAGGGGAUGUGUCUGGUACAAGAAGGACAACAAGUUCAACAUACCCAAAGCGUACAUCCGCUUUCAUCUCAUCUCUCCAGUCAUCCAGCUGUCAGCCAAGAACCUGGUGUUAUUUGACCUUCUGGUCAACAUCCUCGGUCACAACCUAGCAGAGCCAGCCUAUGAGGCGGACGUGGCCCAACUGGAGUACAAGCUGUCGGCAGGAGAACACGGACUGGUCAUCAAGGUCAAGGGCUUCAACCACAAACUGCCACUCCUGUUCCAUCUGAUUGUGGACCACCUGGCUGACUUCUCUACCUGUGAAGAUGUCUUCUGCAUGUUCUCCGAGCAGCUCAAAAAGACCUACUUUAACAUCCUCAUACGACCAGAGAAACUGGGCAAGGACGUUCGGUUGCUGAUCCUGGAGCAUGGUCGCUGGUCCAUGAUGGAGCGGUACCAAGCCCUGACUGACGGUGGUCUCACUGUGGAACAACUGAUGGACUUCAGCAGAACCUUUAAGACCCUGCUCUAUGCUGAGGGACUGGUGCAGGGCAACUUCACUAGCCAGGAGUCAAUCCAGUUCCUGCAGUAUGUCACUGAUAAGCUGCAGUUUUCCAAGCUGCCAGCAGAGGUCCCCGUGUUGUUCAGAGUGGUGGAGCUGCCGCUAAAACAGCACCUCUGUAAGGUCAAAGCACUGAACAAGGGAGAUGCCAAUUCAGAAGUCACAGUCUACUACCAGUCUGGCCCAAAGAACCUUAGAGAACACACACUGAUGGAGAUGCUUGUGAUGCACAUGGAGGAGCCCUGCUUUGACUUCCUCAGAACCAAGGAGACUCUAGGGUAUCAUGUUUAUCCAACCUGCAGAAACACCUCUGGAGUUUUGGGCUUCUCCAUCACCGUGGAAACACAGGCAACAAAGUUCAAUACUGAGUUAGUAGAGUUGAAGAUAGAGGAGUUUCUGUCUUCUUUUGGAGAGAAGCUGAGCGCUCUGACUGAGGAUGCAUUCAACACACAGGUGACUGCGCUGGUCAAGCUGAAGGAGUGCGAGGACACACACCUCGGAGAGGAGGUGGACAGGAACUGGUCAGAGGUUGUGACCCAGCAGUACGUCUUCAACAGGCUCCACAGAGAGAUUGAGGCCCUGAAACAGAUGACCAAAGCAGAGCUGGUUUCCUGGUUUCUGGAACACCGUGGACAGAACUGCAGAAAGCUUAGUGUACAUGUGGUGGGUUUUGGGCCGGAAGAGGGAGACCCCCCUGGGGAGGACAAGCCGGGUCAAAGUGAGAAGGACGAGGAAGGGUGUGGGAUUUCAUCCUACGGAGAGGUUUCCAAACUGACCUUCCUCCCCGCCUCCACCAAGAUGGCCACUGUCACAAGCAUCAUGGACAUUCCUUCAUUUACCCAAGGCCUACAUCUCUACCCCUACCACAAGAUCAUCCAAUAGACUGCUACUAUUCCAUGUGUCUCUUUCAUGCCUGACUAAAAAGAUAAUCCAAUAAACUCACUAAAACACACAA